AUUUUUAUUGUAAAUUAAUUUUAGAAUCAAAAUUUUAUUUUCUGGAUAUAAAAAUAAUUUUAUGAUAUUAUUAAAUAAAAUAAAUGAAUUAAUUAUAUAUUUUCCUUAAUUUUAUAAAUUAUAAAUGCAAAUGCUCUCCUAAAAGCUUCAUAUGAAAGCAUUUGCCAUAGAGCAUUUGGAGAACAUUAGCAUUUAGUAGUUGCUUCUCUAAAUGUUUUUCUAACAAUUGUUGAUAGGAUAAUGUAGAGCAUAAUGCUAAUGCUAAUGCUAAUGGUUUACCAAUCAAUGCCUAAGCUAUCGAAGAUGGAUAACUAAAACAGUUCUUGUAAUAGCUCCGCACGAACCAAAUAUACAGGAAAUUAAAAUUAGUGGCGUUGGUGCAUCGGUCCUCCUUUUCUUCACAUGGUUGUGCGAGUCUUGAGGGCGUCGUUUUUCUCGUUUUUAUGAUGAAAAGAGCAGAAAAAAACAUAGACAUGCCGAUAACUAUUAACAAGUGAACCUGCAUAUUACAACACCAGUAGGGACACACACACGCAAAACAAGGUUUGUGAAGAUGUGUUGGUUGGAAACAAUGCAAAGUGAAACUUGGAUCGUGUGGAACUCUUAAGGAACUCUGUAUUUGGUUUGUCUUUAGACCAAAGAAUUAAACACGUGCAUAUUGUCAAAAGUGAAGUUUGUCUUUGGUUCCGUUUUUUAACUGGAUUGCAACAUCUCGGGCACAUUGGUGUUGCUGUAAAUUUGCAUUCGAGGCCAACGUCUCUCUUAAGAGCAGCUGCAACGGGAGAUCGUUGAUGGUCCUUAGCGCAUAAUCAUAUGCUUUUGGGAUUAUAAUAAUAUUAUUUGAGCUAAAUAAGCUAAGGAUUAAUCCUUACAUAAGGAUUUAAAGGAUUUGAUCCUUAGAGACGUGGCAGCGGGUGAUUCGUUGGUCGGCUUUCGUCUUUCGUAUACCAAAAAAAAAAUCAUUUUCGAUCGAAGCGGAGAAAAAAAAAAGCUCUCGAGGAAAGGCGAAUUGGAACCGUCCCGCUACGAAGAUGGCGAAUCCACAUGAACCUCAUUUCUUAAAGCCUCUGCUUCCUGGUUUCCACAGUGGCAUCACAAUACCACUUGGCUUCUUCUCAAAGCACAUAGAAAGGAAGACGAACCAGAAAACAUGGAAACUAAGAUCGGACGCUUCAGAUAAAAUUUGGGAAGUGAUACAAGAAGGCAUGAGACUCACCGGAGGUUGGAAAGAUUUCGCCACAGCACAUGACCUUCGAAUCGGUGACAUUGUCAUCUUCAAACACGAAGGAGACAUGGUGUUUCAUGUCACUCCUUUUGGUCCUAGCUGUUGUGAGAUUCAGUAUACAGAUCCUGACAUCAACAAGGAAGAAGCCGACGCGGGUGAUGCUGAUGACAAUGAGAUUACUCACAUUGCUUCUAGCUCACGGAUGAUUUAGGAGUGAUUGUGACCGGAAAUAGAUAUCUCUUUUGCUGUGUUUCCUCUCUAUCAAACUUGUUUCCUCUCUUGCUAGUUAUCUCUUUCGGUUUGUUUCGUCUCUAUCAGAACUUGUUUCCUUUUCUUUCCUUUUGGUACUACUGUAAAAUCUUGUUGCUACAACUCGAAGUUGCCACAAGUGUAAUCUUGUUUCUUAUCUUAUAUGCUUCUCUUAUGUUA